AUGGAGCCCCGGGCAGCCGCGGCGGGGUCGCCCGAGCCUGCGGCGGCGUCCUCCUCCUUCCAGGCCCGGCUCUGGAAGAACCUGCAGCUGGGGGUGGGCAAGAGCAAGGGCAGCGGGGGCGGGCGCGCAGGGGGCCCAGAGCGCCGCACUGCGGACACCCCAUCGCCCUCCCCGCCACUCCCGGGGGGCAGGCGGGACGCACUGGCCGGCGUGGGUGGCGCGGGCAGCAGGUGGAGCGGCUUCAAGAAGCGCAAGCAAGUGCUGGACCGCGUCUUCUCCUCCUCCCAGCCCAACCUGUGCUGCUCCUCGCCGGAGCCUCUCGAGCCCGGCGGCGCCGGCAGAACCGAGCAGGGGUCCACCCUGCGCCGCCGGAUCCGUGAGCAUUUGCUCCCCGCGGGAAAGGGGCCGGCGACGACCGGGGGAGCAGAGGGAGGGACGCCUCCUGGCGGACGCUCCCCGGACUCGGCUCCCUCUUCGUCCUCCGCCUCAUCCUCCCUGUCCUCCUCGCCCCAGCCGCCCGCGAGGGGGGACCGCGCCCGAGAUGAGGGUGCACGGCGUCGGGGCCCCGAGGCGCACUUGUGCCAUCAAAAGAGUUCAUCCCUGCCGGGCACUGCGUGCCUGGAGCAGCUGCUGGACCCGCCGCCGCCUCCCGCAGAGCCACCUCAGAGCCCGGUGCAGCCGCGGACCCCGGAGAAGGGCGAGGAGCUCGGCAGCAGCCAGAAAAUAAAUACUGCUGGAACCAGUAAUGCAGAUGUCCCCUUGGCUGAUCCCGGAAUGUACCAGUUGGACAUUACAUUAAGAAGGGGUCAAAGUUUAGCUGCCCGAGAUCGAGGAGGGACAAGUGAUCCAUACGUGAAGUUUAAAAUUGGAGGAAAAGAAGUUUUUAGAAGUAAAAUAAUACACAAGAACCUCAAUCCUGUGUGGGAGGAGAAAGCUUGCAUUCUUGUUGAACAUCUGAGGGAACCCUUGUAUAUCAAGGUAUUUGACUAUGAUUUUGGACUACAAGAUGACUUUAUGGGCUCAGCAUUUCUGGAUCUCACACAAUUGGAGUUGAACAGGCCCACAGAUGUGACCCUAACAUUGAAAGAUCCCCAUUAUCCUGACCAUUACCUUGGAGUCAUUUUGCUCUCCAUCAUCCUUACCCCUAAAGAAGGAGAACACAGGGAUGUGUUUCAGACCCAAAGUUUACGUCUAUCAGACGUACACAGAAAAUCACAGCUUUGGAGAGGAAUAGUCAGCAUCACUUUGAUUGAGGGACGAGACCUCAAGGCAAUGGAUUCAAAUGGGUUGAGUGACCCCUAUGUGAAGUUCCGGCUUGGGCAUCAGAAGUAUAAGAGCAAGAUUAUGCCAAAAACCUUGAAUCCUCAGUGGAGGGAACAAUUUGAUUUUCAUCUCUAUGAAGAGAAAGGUGGGAUUAUUGAUAUCACUGCCUGGGACAAAGACGCUGGGAAAAGGGAUGAUUUUAUUGGCAGGUGCCAGGUGGACCUGUCGGCCCUCAGUAGGGAACAGACACACAAGUUGGAGUUGCAGCUGGAAGAGGGUGAGGGUCACCUGGUACUGCUGGUCACCCUGACAGCUUCGGCCACAGUCAGCAUCUCUGACCUCUCCGUCAGUUCCCUGGAGGACCAGAAAGAACGGGAGGAAAUCUUAAGGAGAUAUAGUCCACUGCGGAUAUUUCACAACCUGAAAGAUGUGGGAUUUCUCCAGGUGAAAGUAAUCAGAGCAGAAGGGUUGAUGGUCGCUGAUGUCACAGGUAAAAGUGACCCAUUUUGUGUAGUUGAACUGAACAAUGAUAGGCUGCUGACACAUACCGUCUACAAAAAUCUUAAUCCAGAGUGGAACAAAAUCUUCACAUUCAACAUUAAAGAUAUCCAUUCAGUUCUUGAGGUGACAGUUUAUGAUGAAGAUCGGGAUCGAAGUGCUGACUUUCUGGGCAAAGUUGCUAUACCAUUGCUGUCUAUUCAAAAUGGUGAACAGAAAGCCUACGUCUUGAAAAACAAGCAGCUGACAGGGCCAACAAAGGGGGUCAUCUAUCUUGAAAUAGAUGUGAUUUUUAAUGCUGUGAAAGCCAGCUUACGAACAUUAAUACCCAAAGAACAGAAGUACAUUGAAGAGGAAAACAGACUCUCUAAACAGCUGCUACUAAGAAACUUUAUCAGAAUGAAGCGUUGUGUCAUGGUGCUCGUAAAUGCUGCAUACUACGUUAAUAGUUGCUUUGAUUGGGAUUCACCCCCAAGGAGCCUCGCUGCUUUUGUGCUCUUUCUCUUUGUUGUCUGGAACUUUGAGCUCUACAUGAUACCACUGGUUUUGUUGUUACUGUUGACAUGGAACUACUUCUUGAUAAUAUCAGGGAAAGAUAACAGGCAACGUGAUACAGUAGUGGAGGACAUGCUGGAGGACGAGGAAGAAGAAGAUGACAAAGAUGACAAGGACAGUGAAAAAAAGGGAUUUAUAAAUAAAAUCUAUGCCAUCCAGGAGGUUUGUAUCAGUGUCCAGAACAUCCUAGAUGAAGUGGCUUCCUUUGGCGAAAGGAUAAAGAAUACUUUCAACUGGACUGUCCCAUUCUUAAGCUGGCUGGCCAUUGUAGCCCUCUGUGUGUUCACAGUCAUCCUGUACUUCAUUCCACUGAGAUACAUUGUCCUUGUCUGGGGCAUCAAUAAAUUUACAAAAAAGCUUCGGAGUCCAUAUGCAAUUGAUAACAAUGAACUACUUGACUUCCUUUCCAGAGUCCCUUCAGAUGUACAAGUGGUGCAAUACCAAGAACUGAAACCAGAUACUUCUCAUAGCCCAUGUAAAAGGAAGAAAAACAAUCUUGGCUAGCCAGCUCCCAGCACUGAGGAGACCAGCAUCUGUUUGGGAAGAUAAAAGAAAAAGCCUUCAGCCUCAGCAGCAUUUCCUUUCUUCCUGC